CAGGCGUGGGGCAAAAUAAUAAGCACAGUAGCCCGCUGAGAGUGUAAAAUCACUGGCACUGAGGGACAGCUCGAACCUGCAUGGCAUUAUGCAGCUUCCGGAGCCAGAGGGAUUUAUCCAGUGGGUCGAGGCUGGAUUGGUGAGGGGGGCGUGGCAGUCCUGGCCUUUGUACACGCCCUCUUUUCAUCAACUAGCGGGCCAAGAAAAACAGAGGAAAGUAGCAGCAGCAUCUCAGCCCUGCAGCUCCACCAUCUGCACCGCGGAGCUGGACGGACCAGCCACAAUGUGGAGGGCACCGCUUCUUAAACUCCUCUUCGUCGUCAUAAAUUGUAUUAUAUGGUGCAAUUCUGAGGGAUGUGAAUUGGGGCAAUUCCGCUGUGGAACAGGUCGAUGUAUCCCAGGUAGCUGGCACUGUGACGGUACUUCCGAUUGUGUAGAUGACUCUGACGAACGCGACUGCCCUCAGGUAACAUGUGAUGACAGUCAUUUCCAGUGUCUGAGUGAUGGGGAGUGCAUUCCAGAUGUAUGGGUGUGUGAUAAUGAAGAAGACUGCGAGGACGGCUCAGAUGAGAGGCAGCACUGCCCUGGCAGAACGUGCACCAGUGGUCAAUUCAGCUGCAGUAACGGGGCGUGCAUCCCUGACGAAUACCAAUGUGACCACCUGGCAGACUGCUUAGACGGAUCCGAUGAGAGAAACUGCAAUUAUCCUCAGUGUACAGAGAUGAGGUGUGCUAAUGGGGCCUGCUACAACCGGACGCAGCGGUGCGAUCAUAUCCUAGACUGCCGCGAUGGCUCCGAUGAGGCAAACUGCACUCAGCACUGCAAUGCAGGGCUGUUUCAAUGUCGCAAUGGAUUGUGCGUUCCUCAACGCUACGUCUGCGACCACGAUGACGACUGUGGAGACCGAAGUGAUGAGCUAAACUGCACGUAUCCCACAUGUAGAGGGAACUACUUCACCUGCCCCAGUGGACGCUGCAUCCAUCAAGUCUGGCUUUGUGAUGGAGAGGAUGAUUGUGAGGACAAUGCAGAUGAAAAAGGCUGUGGAAAUAUACCGCGGGAGUGUUACCCUGGAGAGUGGCCCUGUCCUUCCUCUGGUCUAUGUAUUCCCAUGGAUAAGCUGUGUGAUGGGAGGGCUGACUGUCCAGACGGGAAGGAUGAAACUAACACCACUGCUGGAAGCAACUGCAGUAUCUGGAGAUGUUCAUCCCUGAGCUGUGAGCAUCACUGUCACACCUCCCCCGAUGGAGGAACUUGUUCCUGUCCCUCUGGAUACAUCGUCAGCAGCAAUGAUAGUCGCUCCUGUAUAGAUUUUGACGACUGCUCCAUGUGGGGCGUGUGCGAUCAGCUGUGCGAGGACCGGGUCGGCUCCCACCGCUGCAGCUGUCGAGAGGGCUACAUUCUAGAGCAGCAUAGAUACUGCAGAGCUGACACCUUGACUGGAGUUCCUUCCUUACUAUUUUCUAACGGCAGAGAUCUGGUAAUAGGUGACAUCCACGGGAACAGCCUGCGUACUUUGGUUAAUUCACAGAACAGAGGGGUUGCUGUUGGCGUGGACUACCACUUUAAUCUCCAAAUGAUCUUCUGGACUGAUACCAUCCAAAAUAAGGUGUUUUCUGUGCAUAUGGAUGGCUCCAAUGUGCAGGUGGUUUUAAACGUCUCAGUUGACUACCCUGAGAAUUUGGCGGUGGACUGGGUGAACAAUAAACUGUAUGUGGUUGAGGCCAGCGUCAACAGGAUUGACAUGGUGGACUUUGACGGAAGUAACCGGGUUACGCUCAUCACUGAAAACCUGGGUAACCCUAGAGGACUGGCUGUGGACCCCACUGUCGGGUAUUUGUUCUUCUCAGACUGGGAGGCAGCAAAUGGACAGCCAGGACUUGAGCGGGCCUUCAUGGAUGGAACCAAUCGCUAUGGGAUCAUUAGCAGUAAACUAGGCUGGCCUGCCGGUAUCACCCUUGACAUCGAGGCCAAGCGCGUCUAUUGGGUUGACAGCCGCUAUGACUACAUUGAAACUGCAACAUAUGAUGGCCUGCAUAGAAAAACUGUGGUUCAUGGAGGUUCUGCGGUCCCUCACCCAUUCGGCAUCAGUUUGUUUGAGCACAAUGUCUAUUUCACUGACUGGACCAAGAUGGCGGUUAUGAAGGCGAAUAAGUUCACUGACAACCAACCUGAAGAGGUUUAUAGAACCUCUCAGACUCCGCACGGGGUAGCAGUGAUACAUCAGCUGAAACAACCUCCAGUGCCAAACCCUUGCAGUGUAGAUAGAGGUGGGUGUGAACAAAUCUGUGUUCUGAGUCACAGGAGUGACAACGGAGGACUAGGUUAUCGCUGCAAAUGUCGUAUCGGCUAUGAUUUACACGCUGAUGGAAAAAGAUGCAUGGCCGUGAGGCAGUUUCUGCUCUUCUCCAGCCAGCUGGCUGUGAGAGGAAUCCCCUUUAACCUCUCCACUCAGGAGGACAUCAUCCUGCCUGUCACUGGCUCACCCUCCUACUUUGUCGGAGUGGAUUUUAGUGCUGAGGACGACACUAUUUUCUUCUCAGACACAGCGAAAGACAUCAUCUAUAAACAGAAAGUGGACGGAACAGGCAGGGAGAUUCUGGCAGCCAACAGAGUGGAUGGAGUGGAGGACCUGGCUUUUGACUGGAUUUCUAAAAACCUGUACUGGACCGAUCCUCGAUACCGGAGUAUAUCUGUCAUGAGGGUUGCUGAUAAGUCCAGGAGGGCCAUUAUUCAAAACCUGAACAACCCAAGGGCCAUUGUAGUGCAUCCUCUCAUUGGGUAUAUUUUUUGGACUGACUGGUACCGCCCUGCGAAGAUUAUGAGGGCUUGGGGUGACGGGUCACAUGCUGUGUCUAUUGUAAACACUACUCUUGGCUGGCCAAAUGGCUUAGCCAUUGACUGGAGCUCAAUGCGUCUCUACUGGGUGGAUGCUUUCUUUGACAAAAUCGAGCACAGUAAUUUUCAUGGUCAGAACAGACUUUCUUUAAAUCGCAUCGCUCAGAUUUCCCAUCCAUUUGGCCUCACCAUUUUUGAAGGCUAUGCAUAUUUCACUGACUGGCGUCUCGGUGGCAUUGUGCGUGUGCGCAAGACUGAUGGUGGGGAGAUGGUCAUUAUCCGAAGAGGAAUCAGCCACAUCAUGCACGUCAAGUCUUUCAACUCCAACUCUCAGAUUGGUUCCAACCUCUGCAACAGGCCAACAAAUCCUAACGGCGACUGCAGCCACUUCUGCUUCCCAGCCCCGGACUCACAGCGAGUGUGUGGGUGCCCGUACGGCAUGAAGCUGUCGCCAAACCAGCAGACAUGCGUUGAGGACCCGUCCAACGAGCCCCCCACGCUGCAGUGUGGCGCCAACUCCUUCUCCUGUGGCAAUGGCAAAUGCGUCCCAAACAGCUACAGAUGCGAUGGUGUUGACGACUGCCAUGACAACACUGAUGAAGUCAAUUGUGGAAUUAACAGUAAUCUGUUUCAAGACUCUACUUGUUCCCCCUCUGCCUUCACCUGUACCAAUCGGCGCUGCGUGCCAGCAGGAUGGCGCUGUGAUGGGCAUAACGACUGUUUUGAUAACAGCGAUGAGAUCAACUGCCCCACACAGGUGCCGGGAACGUGCCCUGCCAAUCAGUUCACCUGCGCCAACCACAGAUGCAUCCCACACACAUGGCGUUGUGAUACAGAUAAUGACUGCGGGGAUGGGUCAGAUGAAGCUGACUGCUAUCUGGGAGGUACAUGCCAUCCAGGACAGUUUCAGUGUCCGGACCACCGCUGCAUUGACCCAAACUAUGUUUGUGACGGGGACAGAGACUGUGUGGAUGGAGCAGAUGAACAGGGAUGCAUUUACAACUGCACUGUGAGUGAGUUCAAAUGCACCCGUGGUCACCAGUGUGUUAACUCCUUCUACCGCUGUGACGGGGUCUUUGACUGUAGUGAUCGCUCUGAUGAGAGGAACUGUCCGACCAGACCCCCAGGGAUGUGCCACCAUGAGAGGGAAUUUCAGUGCCAGUCAGAUGGGAGCUGCAUCCCUUCCACAUGGGAGUGUGACGGUCAUCCAGACUGCCAGGAUGGCAGCGAUGAGCACCACGUCUGCCCGCCUCGCACGUGCCCUUCCACGCUCUUCCGCUGUGAUAACGGAAACUGUGUUUUACGCAGCUGGCUUUGUGAUGGAGACAAUGACUGCAGGGACAUGAGCGACGAGAGAGAUUGUCCCAUACCGCCUUUUCGGUGUCCGAGUUGGCAGUGGCAAUGCCCAGGUCAAAGCAUUUGCAUCAAUCUCACCACAGUGUGUGACAACACACCUGACUGCCCCAACGGUGCAGAUGAGUCUCCUCUCUGCAACGAGCCUUUGCCAGAUCAGGAGAGCUGCUCUGAUAACAAUGCCGGCUGCACACAUGGUUGCAUUCAAGGACCUUUUGGGGCCCAGUGCACAUGCCCUGUGGGUUAUCAGCUCAGCAAUGACUCUAAAACCUGUGAGGACAUAGAUGAGUGUAUUCCCCUAGGACUUUGCAGUCAGCACUGCUUUAAUGAGAGAGGGUCUUUCCGCUGCCACUGCCAGGACGGCUACACUCUUGAAGCAGACCAGCGUUCCUGCAAGGCAUCAGAUUCACGGCAGGCAUUCCUGCUUGUAGCAAGUCGAAAUCAGAUCGUUCAGGAUGACAUAACAGCUCAACCCAAUGUCAUUCGGUCGCUGGUUCGAGACGGACGCAACAUUGUGGCCCUUGACUUUGACUCUGCCUCUGACCGCGUGUACUGGUCAGAUACAAGCCAAGACAGAAUCUGGAGCUGUCACAAAAAUGGCAGCGAUAGAACUGUGAUAUUUGACAGUGGAGUGACUGUAACAGAGAGCCUUGCAGUAGACUGGGUGGGCAGGAACUUGUACUGGACCGACUACGUCCUGGAAACAAUUGAAGUCUCCAAACUGGAUGGCACCCAUCGGACUGUGUUAGUCAGUGAAAAUGUCACCAACCCUCGAGGUCUUGUGCUGGACCCUAGAGAUAGUGCUCACCUGAUGUUUUGGACCGACUGGGGUAGAAACCCUCGAAUUGAGAAGGCAAGCAUGGAUGGGAAACUGAGAACAGUAAUUAUAAGCAGCAAACUGUACUGGCCCAAUGGCCUCACCAUUGACUAUCCCAACAAUUUGCUGUACUUUGCUGACGCUUACUUGGAUUUCAUUGACUACUGCGAUUACAAUGGCAACAACAGGAAACAAGUUCUGGCCAGUGACUUGGUACUGCAACACCCCCACGCAAUUACCAUUUUUGAGGAUUUUGUCUAUUGGACCGACAGAUACAUCAACCGAGUGAUGCGAGCUCAUAAGUGGCACGGGGAGAACCAGACAGUGAUGCUGUUCAACCUCCCUCAACCCAUGGGUCUAGUGGCAGCACACCCAGCCAGGCAGCCAGCAGGCCAGAAUCACUGUUUGAGAAGCCCUUGCACUCAUAUCUGCCUUCUUUCUGCCGUGGGACCAAGAUAUUAUUCAUGUGCCUGCCCCUCAGGCUGGACUUUGGCAGAUGACCAGUUCACCUGCACCAGAGUUGAUGAUCCCUUCUUGGUGGUUGUGAGAGACAGUAUCAUCUAUGGCAUUCCAUUGAACCCAGAGGACAAGAGCAAUGAUGCCAUGGUUCCUGUUGCUGGUCUUCAUAAUGGCUAUGAUGUUGACUUUGAUGACAGUGAACAGAUCAUCUACUGGGUGGAACACCCAGGUGAAAUCCAUAGAGUCAAGUCAGAUGGUACUAACAGGACUGAGUUUGCCCCUGCCGCCAUCCUUGGCUCCCCUGUUGGUCUGGCCUUGGACUGGAUAACAGAGAACUUGUACUACACCAAUCCAGCUACACAGUCUAUUGAGGUCUUAAGACUGAGAGGGGAGGUGCAGUACCGGAAAACUCUGAUCACUAAUAACGGUUCUCCAACCGGAGCUGGCAGUCCUGUUGGAAUUGCAGUGGAUCCAGCACGUGGUAAACUGUACUGGACAGACCAGGGGACUGAGAGUGGUAUUCCUGCUAAGAUGGCCUCAGCAGACAUGGAUGGCAUGAACCCAGUCAACCUGUUCACCAAUAAUCUGGAUCAUAUUGAGUUUCUCACUGUGGACAUCAAAGAGAACAAGCUUUACUGGGCUGUAACAAGCACGGGAAAAAUUGAGCGUGGAGAUCCAGAUGGAAGUAAUCGUAUCACCAUAGUGACAGGCCUGUCUCACCCCUGGGGUGUGGCUGUUUAUCAGAACUACCUGUACUUCACUGACCGUGACUUUGAGGUCAUAGAACGAGUGGACAAGUCAACUGGAGCCAACAGGGUUGUGUUGCGAGACAAUGUGUCUGGACUAAGGGUCCUAAAAGUUCACUUUCGAGAAACCUCUGUGGGUACGUCUAACGGCUGUGCUGACAAUGUGGGAAUGUGUGAUCAGCUCUGUCUGCCUCGACCACAGGGCCUUUUUACCUGUGCAUGUGCAACAGGUUUUAAACUUAACUCUGACAACAGGACCUGCUCUCCUUACCAGUCCUAUGUUGUCAUCUCCACGCUCUCUGCUAUUAAAGGCUUUAGUCUGGAAGGAUCGGAUCACUCUGAGGCCAUGGUCCCUGUGGCUGGGAGGGGCCGUAACGCUCUCCACAUCGAUGUGCACAUGGCUUCUGGCUUUAUUUACUGGUGUGACUUCAGCAGCACUGUCGCAAUACAAAAUGGGGUCAGACGGAUAAAGCCUGAUGGUUCAGGACUACAUAGCGUAGUUACAUCUGGAAUAGGACGCAACGGGAUACGAGGCAUUGCUGUGGACUGGGCUACAGGUAAUUUGUACUUUACCAACGCCUUCCUUACUGAGACCUACAUUGAAGUUCUUCGCCUCAACACCACUUUUCGCCGGGUGUUGGUGAAGACUCAGGUGGAUAUGCCUCGCCACCUUGUUGUCGAUCCCAAAAACAGAUAUCUAUAUUGGGCUGAUUAUGGUCAGAGCCCAAAAAUUGAACGAGCACUCCUGGAUGGAACCAAUCGUACUAUUUUGGUGUCUUCUGGAAUCAUCACCCCGCGAGGCCUUGCUUUAGACUGGCAGACUGGCUAUGUGUACUGGGUGGAUGAUUCUCUGGAUAUGAUUGCUCGAAUCAACCCUAAUGGAGGAGAGACAGAGAUUGUGCGGUAUGGCAGCCGCUACCCAACUCCUUAUGGAAUUACAGUUUUUGAGAAUAGUAUAAUUUGGGUAGACCGAAAUCUCAAGAAGGUUUUCCAAGCAAGCAAGGAGCCAGGCAACACCGAGCCUCCUGCUGUCAUUAGAGACAACAUCAACAUGUUGAGAGACGUAACUAUCUUUGACCGGCAUUCUCAGCCCACCAGUGUCCAAGAGCUGAACCACAAUCCCUGCGUGGAGGCCAAUGGAGGCUGUGCCCACUUCUGCUUUGCCCUUCCAGGCUCUAGCUUGGGCGUGCAAAGUAAAAAGUGCAGCUGUGCUUUUGGGGAUCUUGCAGCAGAUAAAGAGAACUGUGAGAUGUCAAAGGAUGAUUACCUCAUUUAUACCACUGAGAGCACAGUGCGGAGCCUGCGCCUUGAUCCUGAAGACCAUUCAGUGCCCUUCCCUGUUGUCAAUGUGCCCCGUACUUCAGUUGCUCUGGAUUAUGAUCUAUUAGACAAUAGGGUCUAUUUUACUCAAAGCUCAGGAGCAGGAGUGAGUAAGAUCAGCUACAUCAGCCUGUCCUCUCCUGCUUCAGUUCCUAUUGUUGUAGCCUCUGAUCUUGGGGCUCCUGAUGGCAUUGCUUAUGACUGGAUAAACAAAAGAAUCUACUACAGUGACUACGUAAACCAGAGCAUCAGUUCUAUGUCUGUGGAUGGUGCUCAAAGAACUGUAGUCGCUCAUGUUUCCAGACCUAGGGCCAUCAUGUUGGAUCCCUGCAGGGGAUACAUGUAUUGGACCGACUGGGGGACCCAUGCAAAAAUUGAGCGAUCCACUCUGGGUGGGAACUUCAGAACAGAGAUUGUGAACAGCAGUCUGGUGUGGCCAAAUGGUCUGACUCUGGACUAUGAAGAGGAGAGGAUUUACUGGGCAGAUGCUAGCUUACAGAAGAUUGAGCGAUCUUCUCUUACGGGGUCCAACCGUGAGGUGAUUGUCAGCACAGCCAUCUACCCGUUUGCUCUGACCAUGUUUGGUCAGUUCAUCUACUGGACCGACUGGAACACUCGCAGCAUCUAUCAAGCCAACAAGCAUGAUGGUUCUGACCAGAGAGUUAUGAUCCAGAACCUUCCAUCCCGGCCGAUGGACGUCCAUGUUUUAGCCAGCAGGAAGCAGCAGCAGUGUGAUAGUCCCUGCCAGCAGUUCAAUGGUGGAUGCAGCCACAUCUGCACACCAGGGCCUAAUGGAGCUGAGUGUCAGUGUCCAUCAGAGGGCCGUUGGUACUUGGCUGACAAUAAGUACUGCAUCCCGGAUAACGGGACUCGCUGCCAACCUGGCCAGUUCACCUGUAUGAAUGGCCGCUGUAUUCGAGCCCAAUGGAAAUGUGACAAUGACAACGACUGUGGAGAUGGCAGUGACGAGUUGGAAAGAGUUUGCGCUUUCCACACGUGUGAGCCCACUGUGUUCACUUGUGGCAAUGGGCGAUGUGUUCCCUACCACUACCGCUGUGACCAUUAUGAUGACUGUGGAGACAACAGUGAUGAAGUGGGCUGCCUGUUCAGACCCUGUGACCCCAGUACAGAGUUCACCUGCAACAAUGGGCGAUGCAUCGCAAAGGACUAUGUCUGCAAUGGCAUCAACAACUGCUACGACAACAGGACCUCUGAUGAGCAGAACUGUCCGGAGAGAACUUGCCAACCAGAGCAGACAAAGUGUCAAUCCACAAACAUCUGCAUCCCACGCUCAUACCUGUGUGAUGGAGACAACGAUUGUGGGGAUAUGAGCGAUGAGAGUCCAACACACUGUGCUGCAUCCACUUGUUCUCAGAGUGAGUUUCGCUGCUCCAGCGGCCGCUGCAUCCCCGCCCAUUGGUACUGUGAUGGAGGCGCCGACUGCUCCGACGGCUCUGAUGAACCCCUCUCCUGCACCACACUUCCCAGAACCUGCAACUCAGAUCAGUUCCGCUGUGACGACGGCAGGUGCAUUGCCCUAUCAUGGAUCUGUGAUGGGGACAAUGAUUGUGGUGACAUGAGUGACGAAGAUCAGAGACACAACUGUGCCAAUCGCACGUGCUCGAGUGCAGAGUUCACUUGUGCGAACAACCGACCUCCGCAGCGGAAGUGUAUUCCGCGUGACUGGGUGUGUGAUGGAGACGCGGACUGUGCUGAUGCAUUAGAUGAGCGCCAAAACUGCACGCACAGAUCAUGUGGCAUCAAUGAGUUCACCUGCAGUAACGGCCUCUGCAUACGCAGCUCCUACAGAUGUGAUCGUCGCAACGACUGCGGAGACAGCAGUGAUGAGCAGGGCUGCACCUACCAGCCAUGCCAGUCCCACCAGUUCACAUGCCAGAAUGGCCGCUGUGUGUCCCACGAUUUUGUCUGCGACGGGGACAAUGACUGUGGGGAUGAGUCCGAUGAGCUGGAGCACAUGUGUCGCACGCCAGCACCUACAUGUCCUCCUGGAGAGUUCAAAUGUGAGAAUGGACACUGUAUUUCCCUGAUGAAGGUGUGCGACAGGAAUGACGACUGCUCCGACAGCAGUGAUGAGAAAGGAUGUGGUAUCAAUGAAUGCACAGACCCAUCCAUCCACCACUGUGAUCACAACUGCACCGACACACCCACCAGCUUCGUUUGCACCUGUCGUUCGGGCUACCGCCUCAUGUCUGACAGCAAGUCGUGCGACGAUGUCAACGAGUGUGCCGAGACACCGAGUGUGUGCAGCCAGGUCUGUGAGAACACCCUUGGCUCCUACGUGUGCAAAUGCGCUCCGGGAUUCCUCCGAGAGCCAGAUGGACGCAGCUGCCGCCAGAACAGCAACAUCUCACCGUACCUGAUCUUCAGCAACCGCUAUUACCUGAGGAACCUGUCGACGGAUGGACAGGCCUACUCCCUCAUUCUGCAGGGCCUGACCAGCGUGGUCGCAUUGGACUUUGACCGUGUCGACAAGCGCCUCUAUUGGAUCGAUGUGAGCCGCCGAGUGAUAGAGAGGAUGUUUUUUAAUGGUAGUAACAAAGAGGUUGUGGUGAAUGGAGUUCUGCAUGGGGAGGGCCUUGCUGUAGACUGGGUAGCUAGGAAGCUCUACUGGGUGGACAGUUUCCAGGAUUGUCUCAAAGUGUCUGAACUGGAUGGCCGAUUUGUGAGGAAGCUGGCUGAACACUGCGUAGAUGUCAACAACACUUUCUGCUUUGAAAACCCGAGAGGCAUUGUCCUGCAUCCCAAAUAUGGGUAUGUUUACUGGACAGACUGGGGAAACCAAGCCUUUAUAGGUCGUGUUGGAACAGACGGAACCAACAAAACAGCAAUAAUCACCACAAAGGUGGAAUGGCCGAAUGGUAUCACAAUCGACUACACCAACGACCAUCUCUACUGGUCAGACGCUCAUCUGAAUUACAUCGAAUACUCGGACUUGGAUGGUCAGCACAGACACACGGUGUAUGACGGGAGUUUACCGCACCCGUUUGCUUUGACCGUAUUUGAGGACGCUGUAUACUGGACUGACUGGAACACCCGCACGGUGGAGAAAGGCAACAAAUACAACGGCUCUGGCCGUGAAGUUCUGGUUAACACCACACACAGACCAUUUGACGUCCACGUAUGCCAUCCUUACAGACAGCCCAUUGUAAACAAUCCCUGUGCUGUGAACAAUGGGGGCUGCUCUCACCUGUGCCUAAUCCGUCAUGGGGGACAAGAACACACCUGUGAGUGCCCGGACCAUUUCCUGGCCGUACAGAUAGGAGGUGUGACCCGAUGCCUCCCCAUGUGCUCCAGCACCCAGUACAGAUGUGCAAACAAUGAACGCUGCAUUCCCAUCUGGUGGAAAUGCGAUGGCCAGCGGGACUGCAGAGACGGCUCUGACGAGCCCUCCACUUGCCCGGUUCGCCACUGUAAUCUCGGCCAGUUUCAGUGCAGCGAUGGGAACUGCACCAGCUCGCACUUCCUCUGCAACAGCCACCGGGACUGCCCUGACGGCUCGGAUGAAGAUGCGGUGCUGUGUGCUACACACCAGUGUGAAAGCCACCAGUGGCAGUGUGCGAAUAAGAGGUGCAUCCCUGAUUCGUGGCAGUGCGACGGUGAGGACGACUGCGGAGAUCAGUCUGACGAAGACUCUGCUCACUGCUCGAGUCGCACCUGUCAGCCCGGACAGUUUAAGUGCCGGAAUGGGCGCUGCAUCCCGCAGAGCUGGAAAUGUGACGUCGAUGAUGAUUGUGGUGACAAUUCGGACGAACCACUGGAGGAAUGCAUGGGACCAGCAUACCGAUGUGACAACCACACAGAGUUUGACUGCAGGACCAACUAUCGCUGCGUGCCGCUGUGGUCCGUUUGCAACGGCCACAACGACUGCAGAGACAACAGUGAUGAGCAGAGCUGCGAUGAAGUCACCUGUCACCCCACAGGAGACUUCCGCUGUGACAACCACCGCUGCAUUCCUCUGAGGUGGAGGUGUGACGGGGACGACGACUGUGGCGACAGCUCAGACGAACGCAGCUGCACGCCACGCUCAUGCACAGAGAGCGAGUUUCGUUGUGACAAUCUGCGCUGCAUUCCCAACCGUUGGGUCUGUGACCAUGACAACGACUGUGAGGACAACUCGGAUGAAAGGGACUGCGAGUUGCGGACAUGUCAUCCUGGUUACUUCCAGUGUGGGAGUGGACACUGCAUCGCUGAACGCUUUAAAUGUGAUGGCAACGCCGACUGUUUGGAUUACACGGAUGAGACUUCGUGCCCGGCCCGUUUUCCCAACGGCACCUACUGCCCACCCUUCCUGUUUGAAUGCAAGAAUCAUAUCUGCGUCCAGCCUCACUGGAAAUGUGACGGAGACAACGACUGUGGAGACAACUCGGACGAGGAGCUGCAUCUCUGCUUGGACAUCGAGUGCGAGGCUCCGUUCCGGUUCCGAUGCGACAACAACCGCUGCGUCUACAGCCACGAGGUGUGCAACUCAUUUGACGACUGUGGUGACGGAUCAGAUGAAAGACCGGAAAACUGUCAAAAGCCCACGCAUGGACCUUGCACAGAUGAUGAGUACAAAUGCACUAACGGACACUGCAUCCCUCUUCAGUAUGCUUGUGAUGACUAUGAUGACUGUGGAGAUGAGUCAGAUGAGCUAGGUUGCCACUCUGGCAGUGGACACACUUGCAGCGCAAACGUGUGCGAACACAACUGUACCGACCUGACAGACGGAGGCUUCCUCUGCUCCUGCAGGUCCGGCUACAGGCCCAAAGCCACAGAAAAACACACCUGUGAAGAUGUGAAUGAGUGCGACGUGUUUGGAACAUGCCCUCAGGACUGCAGGAACACAAAGGGCAGCUACGAGUGUUUCUGCGCUGAAGGGUUUCUGUCUUUUGGCGAGCCUCAUGGGACUGAGUGUGCUGCUCAAGGAAACCCACCCGUUCUGCUUCUGCCCGACAACGUCCGUAUCCGUCGCUUUAAUCUGUCCAUGGAACAGUAUUCAGAUUAUGUUGACGACGCCGAGCACAUUCAAGCCUUGGACUACCUUUGGGAUCCAGAAGGCGAAGGCCUCAGUAUUGUUUAUUGGACGGUUCUGGGUCAGGGAUCUGAGUUUGGCUCUAUCAAACGUGCCUACAUGACCACAUUCAAUGAUUACGGCAACAACCCGGCAAAAGAAGUCGAUCUGAACCUGCGGUACAUUGCUAAACCCGAGGGCAUCGCUGUAGACUGGGUCGGCAGGCAUAUUUACUGGACCGACUCAGGGACCAACCGAAUUGAAGUGGCCAAAAUAGACGGUCGGUACAGGAAGUGGUUGAUCCACACUGACCUCGACCAGCCUGCUGCUGUUGUUGUGAAUCCAUCGCUGGGGAUGAUGUACUGGACUGACUGGGGAAAGAACCCCAAAAUAGAGUCGGCGUGGAUGGACGGCCAGCACAGAGAGGUGCUGGUGAGGGGGGAGGACUUGGGAUGGCCCACAGGGCUGGCCCUGGACUACGUGAAUGGAAACAGAAUUUACUGGUGCGACUCUAAAGAAAACAUCAUUGAAUCCAUGAAGCCUGAUGGCACGGACCGGAAGAUCGUCAUAUCAGGAGAUGUUGGACAUCCUUACAGUCUAGAUGUCUUUGAGGGACAUGUGUACUGGACAACGAAGGACAAAGGUGAAGUGUGGAAGACAAAUAAAUUUGGACAAGGAAAUAAAGUCAAAGUUCUUACCAUCAAUCCGUGGCUGACGCAAGUUCGUAUCUACCAGGAGCACCGACACAACCAGACAGUGCCCAACCCUUGUAAGAACGUGUGCAGUCACCUUUGCCUCCUCCGACCUGGUGGGUACACCUGUGCCUGCCCACAAGGCUCCCCUCCACCUAAUGUGGACUCGGUGGAGUGUGACGCGGCCAUUGAGCCUCCUGUUGCGAUGCCUCCUGCAUGCAGAUGCAUGAACGGUGGAACCUGCUACACAGAUGAAGGCGGUCUGCCGAAAUGCAAAUGUCCGUACGGCUAUUCGGGUAGCUAUUGUGAGAUGGGGAAAUAUAAAGGUGCUCCAGCAGGAACAGCUGUGGCUGUUUUCCUGGCUGUUAUCAUCAUCCUGAUCACUGGAGCUUUAGCAGUUGGAGUUUUCCUCAACUACAAACGAACCGGAUCGUUCAUCCCCUCCAUGCCUAAACUCCCUAGCCUCAGCAGUCUGGUGAAGUCUGCCGACACCGGGAACGGGGUCACGUUUCGGUCCGGUAAUGAUGUGGAUCUCGGACCGUCUCACGCUGGCGUGUCUGUUAUCGACACGGUCAUGCAGAUGGAUGAUAACUUUGCCAUUGAAGCUGGGAGACAGCCAAUGACAUUUGAGAACCCGCUGUAUGCCACUGCGCCUGUGUCUGGUGAUCCUGCUGUCAUUCAUGCUACUCAGGUGACGGUUAACGUGAGCGCUGACCAGUCCAACAAUUUUGUGAACCCGACAUACCGAGGAGACCAGAGCAUCAUAAACACGUCUCCUGUUAGCAGCGAUCCCGUUCAGGAAUCAAGAUGGAGUUUAUUCAAGCAGAAGUUAAAGCCGAGCACAACGUUUGAAAACCCUUCAUACUCAGAGAUGAAGGAUCAAAAGCAUGUCAGAAGCAGCGGGGACUCUUCAGCCCCUGAGCCGUCUCCCUUCAUCCCUGCUCCCAAACCUCCAAGGAAAGAUCGUCCCAGCGCGUUCUCUCCAACCGAGGACAGUUUCAAAGACACGGCCAACCUCGUCAAAGAGGACACCGACGUAUAACCCCAAUCCGACGGAUGGGAAUCGAAGGACAAACACACUUUGCACAGAAUUUAUUUUUUUAUGCAGCCUGUGUACAAAAUUUUGUUUUAAGACAGAAACACAGUAGAAUGAAGAAAGACCUAUUCUGUCACUAUGCCUUCUGACAUUUCUCAUGCCAAUUUUCAUGCUAAUGUUUUGUUUUUCUUUACUAUGAUGUACGAUAUGUAUAUCUUUGCACUGAAGCUGUUGAUAGAAAUGUUAAUAUGAUGUAUAUUUGUAAAUUUCAACAGUCAGAUUUUCUCAGAAAUAUCGUGGAUUCUAAGUUGUACAACAUGCUAAAAACAAAUAUCAAAUGUGAGCUGAAUGUACAGUACUUAUAUGAUCAGAGGUGAUCUCAGAAAUAUGUUGAUAUGGUUUUUUUUGCCAUCAGAGAAAGCUGAAGAUGUUUUUAUUAAACAUCAUAAAUACCUCAUUUCAGGGCUAAUUAAAGCACGAUGAAAGAAAUCAGAUUUAAACUUUUGUUUUUGAUUAGCAAUCAUAAAAGUAGGAGCAACAAGGUGAAAAUGUGUGCAAAACAAACUUAUUUGACUCACUUGUCUUUGAAUCAGCAUGAUUUUAUUCCUGCUGGAAUGGAUACAACAGUUUGGAAAAGUACAUGCGUGUUGCAGUUGGACGAGUAACACUUUAAGGAUGCAGAUGUGGAGAUUUAUCUAAACCAAGUGAAUUAAUUCUUUAUAGAUUACAUGUUUUUCCAUUAUGAGGACAAACCCUAUCUGUGAUCAUGCAGAAUGUCCAUAUGAAUGAAGCUGCUGCUGCUGCUAAGACAUGAAUAAAUAAAUUUCCUAUUUUGUAA